AUGGACAUAUUGAGAGUCCCAGAUGAAAUCGUCUGCAUUGUUGCGCGGUUGAUCCCUGACCAAGUCUCAUUGUGGAACACAGAAAUUGUCACUACCCAAAAAUCACAUACCAGCGUCUUUGCUGAACUUGCUGCCCCCGACAACUCUGUUUCCUGGAUAGAGGACAUAGACGACGACGAAUUUGACAUACACAAACGCAAUCCUACUGAGCUAACUGCACCCCCACGCGAACCUGAUAGGGCAAUCCUCAAUGACGAUGACGUUCCCCUAGAGAUGAAUUUCAUCUCCCAGCGCAAGGAAUACACAGUUGAUGAAAUGGCUACCUUUUCGUUUAUGGAUUUUGCUGGACGUGGGAUCACCGUCUAUGUUCAUGACACAGGGAUCGAUCUAGAGGAUCCUGAGUUUACAGAACCGAUCGAUUUUAUCGCUAGGGGUACAUAUCGAUGGGUUUCUCCUAAGGCAAGUGAGAUUACUGGUCUUCUUGGCCGACAGAUUCCUUACGUUAGGGACGACAGGAGCGGACAUGGUACCUGUGUAGCCAGCAAAAUUGUGGGCAAACACUGGGGUGUUGCUAAGGCCGCUAAUUUGGUGGUCGUUCCUACUAUCGAGCCAUACCGUUUUGAGUAUAUCUUAGCUGGUUUGCAGGGGAUAUUUGACGAUAUCCACAAGCAGAGGAAGAAGGGUCCUUUUUUUCCUGUGGUGAAUUUCUCUUAUGCGCUUCCCGAGGAAACGACCCCUGCACAGAUUCGACUUUGCAGGGCAUUUGUGAAAAAACUGGUUGAAUAUAACGCGGUCAUUGUGGUAUCUGCAGGCAACUAUAGAACCAAAGAAGGCGAACGUGAGUUGGUGGACCACUAUCCAGCCCUGUUUGCGCGUGAAUUUUCACAGAACAUGAUUGUUGUUGGCUCUGUGGAUGUCUAUGGCAAGCCAGACUGGGCCUCACAACGAGGGCCGUUGGUUGACAUAUGGGCUCCGGGACAGGAGAACGCAACACACGGCAUUAAUUGCGCGGGAGCUGCAAAAAUGGCAAGGCAGCAAGAAGAAGAAGACCCAGAGCUGGGUCCACUACCAGAUAGAGCCGCAGGUACGUCCUUUGCUGCGCCACAAGUCUCUGGCAUUGUUGCCUAUUUGUAUUCGGUUUACCCCAAAUAUCGCAUUGAUGGUGGAGCUCCAAAGGUGCUGGCUAAGCUCAGAGAGCUGAUGUUUAAGCGCAAUCGUCGUGGUCCACCGUGUUUGUGGAACGGAGUAUCUGGGAAAGUGAUGUGUAAUUAA